CAGUGUCAAAGAAGUUGUGUGACAAGCGCUCGAAGCUCGGUGGAACCAGUUUGUUGUGCUGGCUGGAACUUUUCCCUCCCUUACUGCAGUGACUUGCCGUCGUUCCUCCUCUUAGGUGUUCCUUCAACUUCUGCGCCCGUCGCACUGCUUUACACGUGUCUUACAGAGUUGGCUUGAUCAUUCCCGGAAAUUUUGGUUUUGGAGACCACCACCCCAAACGGAGGCGAGCGUUGGGAGCAUGGCCACCGACCAGGAGCCGUCAUUCACUGUCAAACUGGCCCAGUUGCUGCUCCUCUCCACCUACUGGGGAAUGCAGAUUUGGGUCACCUUCAUUUCAAGUUUCGUAAUGGACAACCAUCUGAACAGACACACUUACGGCUUCAUUCAAAGUCGCCUGGUCCCCUUCUACCUUCACCUGGGCUCGGCUUGCGCCUUCUUCAACCUCGCAAUCUUCACCGUAUACCAUCCCAGCGACCUGCUGGACGAGCGAGAGGCCUUCCAAAUCUUCAUCUUCUUUGUGUCAGUGACUGUAGCAGCAGUCAACGCCCAGUGGUUCGGCCAGAUGACGUCGGAGAUCAUGGCCGACAUGCACCUGGUGGAGCAGGCUUGCGGCCUGGGCCAGGACAUCGGCCUGUCGUCCAACCGCGAGGCCUACGCCAAGCUUAGCCAAACGGACGCCAAGUACCGCCACCUGAGCGGGCGUCUGCGACUUUACCGGCUGCUGUCGUCGCUUUGCAAUUUGUGCUGCUUGGCUUGCAACUUCUGCAGCCUCAGCUACGUGGCCGGGAACCUUAGCACACUGUGAGGUAUUUUAUUUUUUAUUUUAAACAUGCAAGCUAUAAGUUAACUAUUUAAUGUGUCCUUUUUUCUGUCUUAUGUCUGAAUGUGUUUUAUAUACAGAUUUUUUUGUUGCUGUGAGGUAUUGGUGCGUUUUAAUGGGAGUAAAAUUUUGUGGAUCUAAUCAGGUUUGGCCUGCAAUGCUCAGGGAAAGAUCAAGAAACUUGACGUCACUACUUAAAAGUUGGACAUUUUUGGAUUGACAGUAGUAGAGACUGACUUUGAAAAUUAAAUCUUUACUUUGUCAUUUAUACUUGUAUGUUUUUUUAUUUAAAAAAAUAAAAUAAAGAAAAAACUGUUCAACUUGUGAUUGUUUAAAAAAUGUUCUAACCUCAAGAUAAGUUGAUUAAUAUUCAAUAAAGCACAGCAAGCUGACAAAAA